AGUCAUUGGCUCCCUGCGGUUUCCUUGGGGACGUGGCGCCGCCGCCGGUGCAGGCCCUCCUUCCGGCUAGGCUAGAGGCCGCGGAGAGCUGCUCAGGACCGAGCGGAGCGGUGCCCAGGGAGCCGGCGGGCCGCUAGAUCCCGCUGCAGACUUAGGAGAUGCCUGGGACAAGGAGGCCACCUUCUCAGGGCAAAAGGAAAAGGAGGUGACAGGCGUUGAGACCGCUGAAGGGAACCCAUGGCUAGGAUCAGUUUUUCCUACCUCUGCCCAGCCUCCUGGUACUUCACUGUGCCCACAGUGAGCCCAUUUCCCCGUCAGCGAGUGGCAUUCCUGGGACUCUUCUUCAUAUCCUGUCUCCUUUUGCUUAUGUUAAUCAUGGACUUUCGACAUUGGGGUGCUUCAUUACCACGAGAUAGGCAAUAUGAAAGGUAUUUGGCUCGAGUAGGGGAGCUUGAAGCUACUGACACUGAAGACCCAAAUCUGAAUUAUGGACUUGUUGUGGAUUGUGGCAGCAGUGGCUCCCGGAUUUUUGUUUAUUUCUGGCCAAGACAUAAUGGGAACCCCCAUGACUUGCUGGACAUCAAACAGAUGAGAGACCGCAACAGCCAACCAGUGGUUAAAAAAAUCAAGCCAGGAAUCUCUGCAAUGGCAGACACUCCAGAACAUGCCAGUGAUUACCUUCGUCCUCUGCUGAGCUUUGCUGCUGCUCAUGUGCCUGUGAAGAAGCACAAGGAGACCCCCCUUUACAUCCUGUGCACAGCAGGCAUGAGGCUUCUCCCCGACAGGAAGCAGUUGGCAAUUUUGGCUGACCUAGUGAAAGAUUUACCGCUGGAGUUUGACUUCCUCUUUUCACAGUCUCAGGCAGAAGUGAUCUCUGGGAAGCAGGAAGGAGUUUAUGCAUGGAUUGGAAUCAACUUUGUUUUGGGAAGAUUUGACCAUGAGGAUGAAUCAGAUGCUGAGGCUCCCCAGGAACUGGUGACAGGACGCAGAAGGACUGUAGGGAUACUGGAUAUGGGAGGAGCCUCUCUCCAAAUUGCAUAUGAAGUUCCUACCUCAACCUCUGUCCUUCCUGCAAAACAGGAAGAAGCUGCCAAGAUCCUGCUCGCUGAGUUUAACCUGGGCUGUGAUGUGCAACACACCGAACAUGUGUACAGGGUUUAUGUCACGACCUUUCUGGGUUUUGGAGGCAACUUUGCCCGGCAACGCUAUGAAGACCUUGUGCUGAAUGAAACUCUUAAUAAAAACAGACUGCUGGGCCAGAAGACAGGUCUGAGUCCUGACAAUCCCUUUCUGGAUCCCUGCCUGCCCGUGGGACUCACAGAUGUGGUGGAGAGGAACAGCCAGGUCCUGCAUGUCCGAGGAAGAGGCGACUGGGUGACUUGCAGGGCAAUGCUGAGCCCCCUGCUGGCUCGCUCCAACACCAGCCAGGCCUCACUGAACGGCAUCUACCAGUCGCCGAUUGACUUCAACAACAGCGAGUUCUACGGCUUCUCUGAGUUUUUUUACUGUACAGAGGAUGUGUUGCGCAUAGGAGGCCGGUACCACGGGCCAACAUUUGCCAAGGCUGCUCAGGAUUACUGUGGCAUGGCUUGGUCGGUACUAACCCAGAGAUUCAAGAAUGGCCUCUUUUCAUCACAUGCAGAUGAGCAUCGACUCAAAUACCAGUGUUUUAAAUCAGCUUGGAUGUACCAAGUCCUACAUGAAGGAUUCCACUUUCCCUAUGACUAUCCAAACCUGCGGACAGCCCAGCUGGUAUAUGACCGAGAAGUUCAGUGGACGCUGGGAGCCAUUCUAUAUAAGACACGUUUCUUACCACUCAGGGAUCUUCGGCAGGAAGGUGUCCGGCAAGUCCAUGGUAGCUGGUUACGUCUCUCCUUUGUGUACAACCACUAUCUCUUCUUUGCCUGUAUCCUGGUGGUGCUACUGGCCAUCAUCCUGUACCUUCUGCGGCUGCGCCGAAUUCACCACCGACAAACUCGAGCCUCAGCUCCGUUGGACUUGCUGUGGCUUGAAGAGGUGGUGCCCAUGAUUGGCGUACAGGUGGGACCGUGAGGCCAGACCAGGACUAGAGAAGCGUGAGCACCCCCGAGUCGCUGCUCAUUGAAUUCCUCCACUUUUUUGUGCUGGCCUCAGAUGCUGCGCUGCUUGACCUUGUGGAUAUUUUCCUUUGGAAUUCCUACCUUAAUUUCUUCGUUAAUUCCUUCUCAGUUCCCAGGUCUCUUCUCUGAGAGAAGCUGUAAUUUAGUCUGUGAUGAGAGGUUGGUGCUAACACAGGGGACCAAGCUUUGUCCGACUGAAGCGUGCUUCGACUCCUUUAUCCUGAGAGGUCUAGUGUGUUCCUGGGAUCUUGCCUUUUCUUCCCUUGCUAAAGCAUGAGGUUUGGCAUUGGGCAUGCUAGAAGCCUGGUUGAAAUCAAACUUGGAGCAUCUGAUUCAAAGCCGGAGACAUUCUAGCAAGUGCAACAGCCUCUUCUUUCUCUGUAACAGAGAUAUCAUUUAUGUGGAGAUCCACAGCUUUUAAUAAGGAUCCAAGAUCUUUGGAGUUCAAAGGACCAGAUACGAAUUUCCAGACAACCAAAAUAACAUAACUUCCUUGCUUACUUGACAAAGUAGCCAUUGUGGGUGUGAUCCAAGAUCCCUGAUGUAGUGUUGCUGAUGUUGGUGUGUGAUUUUAAAGGUUAGAACCCUUUCUAAAUGAAUGGUCCAUGGAAGAUUUUAUAAUAUCUUAUCUGAUGCCUGGUAUGACCAGGGUAGAAAAUUUUUCCAUCUGUGUGCCUCACAGGCUGUUUGGGCAUUAAUUUUGCUUUUGAGCCUUAAGUGGCUUGUAGGAUGGAGAAACUGAUGGGGAUGAGGGACCUGGAUUCGUCUGGUUUCAGGUCACUGUCCCCUAGGCUUGUUUUUAUGAGCUACUGUACAGGAAGAUUCAAAGAGAGUUCUUCAUUUCACUGCUAAGGUCAAUACAUAGUUUGGGAAGGGAUGUAUUUGGUUUGUUUUUAAAGGAAAGAAGAACAGUCUCAAGAGAGUGGGCAAAGGCAAUAACAUCAAAGCUCUUAUUUAUUAAUUAUUUCUGAGAAAUAGAUGUUUUCUCAAUUUCUGAUUCUUGGAAUAUCUGAAAAUGAGAAAAUUCUAAACUUUGGAAUAGAUAAAUCUGUUAAUAAGUCAUCUGGCAACUUCCAGAACAUCUGUUAAGAGAUUACCCAGUCACAAACAGCACUUCCAUUAAUGGGGAGAGAGGAAAAGCCAUAGUAGUUACAUUUUCAUCCACUACCCUUGAGGAGCUUUGCUUCUGCUCUACAUUUAGCCUUUAGCUUGCAUGAAGAUUUCUUUUUCAUCAACUCUCCCAUGGAGUCGUCUUUAUACUUUACCCUUUCCUGUAUGCAGCCCUGAAUGCCCUGUCUGCGAAUAUGCUCCCAGAGUUGAAGUAGCUUUCUCUUCUGUUGCCUUUUGAUUUCUAGGAUUAGAUGAAUAGAGGCAAAGAUCCCUGACUUUAAGAAAAAAAAAUGGAACUCUUCAAAAAUAAAUUUCAUACUAGGAGCUGAAAGGAAUUAAAUGCUUCAUAGAACAGAGAAAAAGAAAUCAAGAUCCUCCUAGAAAUAAACUGAGAAUAAGUA